AUGUCCAACAUCCCCCCACUGACAGGCUUUGAUCGUGUGAACCUUCAUCUCACUACCGUGCGCCGAAUUACCCACCACCUCGCCGACCCGCAGUGGACCAGCAAUCCAGCAAUCAUCACAAAUGAAGCAAGGGAAGGAGUGGCACACAUUCGCGAGGCCUUACUCGAGAUACGACAAUUGAGGGAUCAGCUACAGGAAUGA